AUGACGCUCUACUACUCCCUCGUCUUCCUCCUGCUUGUGGCGGAGAUGGCGCUCUUUAUGCUGCUCGUCAUCCCCAUGCCCUUUGGGCUCCGCCGAAGGAUCUUCACCUUCAUCUCCGAGAAUCCCAUCAUAGCGAAGCUACAGUAUGGCUUGAAGAUCACCUUCAUCUUCAUUCUCAUCCUCUUCAUCGACAGCGUUAACCGCGUCUACCGGGUGCAAGUGGAGUUGGCAAAUGCCACUGAUGGUUCCAAGGGCAGCGCCGCAAUCAUGGGCCACGAACGCCUCGAGGUCCAGGCACGCAAGUUCUACUCCCAGCGAAACAUGUACCUCUGCGGUUUCACCCUGUUCCUCUCCCUGAUUCUGAACCGCACCUACAUCAUGAUCCUCGAAGUCCUCCGCCUCGAGGAGAAGCUCAAGCAGUACGAGGGCACGGACAAGAACACCAAGCAGAGCGAGAAGCUGGCUGUUGCCGGCGAGCCCGGCGAGAUUGCCCGCUUGAAGAAGGAGCUCAAGAAGAAGGACACCGACAUUGAGACACUCAAGAAGCAGUCCGAGGGCCUGCAGAGGGAGUAUCACGAUCUUACGGAGAAGUAUGGUGCCACCCAGACCCCGGCUGGCAGCCGCAAGGAGAAAUAG